UUCGGAAGCGGGACUGGGACGCACAGUCUGUGUCCGGAUACCAUGGGCAGCGGCUGCGGGUCUACGCUUUCUCCGGUCUGGAUCUCCCUGGUCUCACUGCUAAUCCUAGUGGGAGCAGGGCCAGUGGCAACAGACGAAAUUCUGAGGUGCUACAAGUGCAGCGAAACGGACAAACUAUGCGGAACAAGUCGGAAUCCCUACGGGAAUAUUUUGGAGUGUGGAAACUCGACCAUGUGCUUCGCUACCACGCACACUCGGAUCAUGAGUGGCGGCAAUUGGAUAAGGACCCUGCGAGGUUGUGCCAAGCAGGUGAAGCAGGUUCACAUUCUUGUAAAAAACAACGAAUCCGAAAAAAAGCAUUGGGAUAUGGGCUUCACUGUAGUUAACGAUGCCUACCAAGAAGGUUGCAUCACCAAGGACAACGUGGAGUACUGUUACUGUCGGGGAUCGCUUUGCAAUUCAUCCAGUAAUCUGAGACUCGAUCUAGCACUGCCAGUACUGUUGAUAGUGAUGUUCCUUGGGAAGUUACUCCUUCCGGUCUAGUCUGUGUGACACUUUUAGGGGUGCGUAUCGUGCAUCGACGCUACUCGUACUUCCGGGCAAUGUGUCGAGGCCUCGAAAAUAGUUUUAAGAAGAUUAAAGACGAUUUAAGUGCGACAAUUUUACAGUGUUGAAGCCUUGUCAAUAAAAACGAUAAUGAAAUAACAUUAAAAACCCAAACAAACUCGUUCUGACAUUGGAUAUGUCUCAAAAGAUUAAUAUCUAAUCGAAAUGCUGAGAUUCUGAAGUGCAAUAUUUGGUUAGCCGGGAACUCAAGGUCAAAUCCCUGGGGAACGUAUCCAAAAUAUGGUAUAUACUUUGCAUUGGAAUAAUAAAAUAACACCAGCAGCACUCCUGCGGUGUGAAGAUCUGAUAUCUGAUUUGAAUAGCAUGCAAAUCAAGUGCCAGCAGUCUGAUCAUCACAAAUCGAACUUGUAAUUGAUUAAAAAGUCAUUGCAUUUAAAUAUUUAUUAAGUAUUUGUGACUUUUAUGAAUGCCCCCAUAUAGAUAUCUUGGCGAAACAACCGAAAAAAUCGCAAAACAAUAACAGCACGCGCCGUGAUUCACACACCAAUCUGCCAUGCCGGGUGAUCUUCCUCCAAGUCCGUCUCCUUCUCAUCCACCUUCUCGGUUUCCAGAUCUGGGUUCAGCGUACGACCUUUGGAGUGCAGUGACUGUGACGUGGUAUCGAUACUCGGUACUCGCCAUCCAGUAUCCAACAGUUCAGUAUUCUGCUUGGAUUCUCGAGUUGGCAUCCCGGGCUGCUUCGUUUUAAUCACAGUUUAUGUGGAUGACUAUUAUUAAUCGGCAGAAGCUCAACAAUUUACCCUGACAAUCUUUCCUCAUAUGCUCAGACACUGAGAAAAAUGUUUCUACUGUUAAUACAUCGAACUCUAUUACGGGAUAAGUAAUAUAAUGGUUGAACUCAAAAUAUUAUUGAUAAACUUGUUAGUUUUAAGAGUAAUUAUAAUAAGAAAAAAAAAAGUUGGAAAUUGUCGGCCUGUGUUAUUUAUAAAAAAUUAUAAAAAAGAUAUUUAUAUCCAUCUGGUAUGAAUAAAAAGAGCCAUUUAAUAUUUUAAGCCAUAUAAGUUAAAUAGUUUAUAAAGCAAUUAAUCUUUAAAAUAAAAUAAUGAUUUUUAAUUCUAA